AUGGCCCCUGCCUCUCUAAUUGCAAAGCACAGCUGUCUGUGCCAACCAACCGCCGUGCACACACACUCCAGCACUUUCAAAGACGACGAAAAGCCAAUCAGCCACUCUUUGGAGCACAUCUAUGGCGACCAGAUAAGACUGGCUACCGUCUCUGGCGACGCCGAUGUCCAUCCAAUCAAGCUUGACUGGUACAACCAAGAUUGGAAACAAAGAGGCCCCAUUGUUUGUUCUCGCCGUGGCGACGGUGUUACCAAGCACAACGCCAUUGGCGCCCACUCUGGCCCUUAUUCCGUCUACCAUGCCCUUAGCAUUGUUUCUGGACAACUGGACCCCAAACACGUUCCCGAUUAUACCAAUGCACAGCCUCCCGUUGACUUUGCUCCCCAGCCACAAUGGUAUGACAGCGAGAAAAUAGUCUCGCUUGAUCCAUUGGGCCAUUUGGCUCCUUGGCUCUACGGAGACGUCGCGGAGGCGGAAAAUGUCGAGGUCAGACCAUCCAUGUCGAUCACCAAGGCCAUUCUGUCCCUUCCUGAGAUUCAAGAGGAGGUCAAGAAGGGCAAUCUGAAGCCUGACGGCAAGAUUGUGUUGAAUGACAAGGGCGAGAUGGCUGUGACGAAAAUAGCUGUCGACCCUGUCUGGUACUUGCCUGGCGUGGCCAAAAAAUUGGGUGUCACCGAGAACGAGCUCCGUCGUGCUCUUUUUGAGGACACCAACGGCAUGUAUCCUGAGCUGAUCACGAGACCUGAUAUCAAGACGUUUUUGCCCCCAAUCGGUGGAACCACCGUGUACAUAUUCGGAAACCCCGAGGACAUUCCUAAUCCUGAGAAGAGACUGGCUCUGAGAGUCCAUGACGAGUGCUCUGGAUCAGAUGUCUUUCUUUCGGACAUCUGCUCCUGUAGAUGCUACUUGAUCUUCGGACUCAGAGAAGCUGCCAAGGAGGCCCAAAAGGGCGGAAACGGAGUGGUUGCAUAUUUCCGCAAGGAGGGCAGAUCUCUUGGAGAAGUUACAAAGUAUCUCGUCUACAACGCUAGAAAGCGUGUAGGCGAUAGCGCCGACGCGUACUUCCAAAGAACAGAAUGCAUAGCAGGCGUGAAGGAUGCACGUUUCCAGGAACUUAUGCCGGACAUUUUGCACUGGCUCGGCAUCACCAGAAUCGACCGCAUGCUUUCUAUGAGCAACAUGAAGCACGACGCGAUUGUCGGCCAGGGAAUUGAGAUCGUGGAAAGGGUGGAGAUCCCUGACGAGAUGCUUCCUGCGGACUCGCGUGUCGAGAUCGACGCCAAAAUUGCCUCCGGAUACUUCACUAAUGGCCACGUCUACACACAGGAGGAACUGAAAACCAUCCGUGGACGCACGUGGGACGACCUCAGCUAA